GUUCAGACUUCAUCAUCUUCUCACAUUUACUUUUAUUUUCAACCAUUCAUACUUCAUUUUUUUUGGACUUUCAUAACUGUAACGACUUACGUGACACGUUCAUGAUUCACUAUCAAUUUUUUUGCCCAAAUAAGACUCAACAAAGUCAGUGUUGACUUGACCCAGUUUUCAUAUAUUAAUUAUUCAUUCUUCUCCUACCACGCACUAGUUCCCUCUGCCUGGGAAACACUACUAUUAAUUGUCGUCCUCCGAUCACUUCUACAAUUCUUGCAUUGUAGCUUAGGUAACACCCCAUCCUUCUCAUUACUUACCAACAUAUUCAUGAUCACGUCAUAAUUCAUAAGAAAGAAAGCUCUUAUAAAAAUAACCACUCAAUUUUUGUGAGCUUAUCAAAGCUGACAAGGCUAAACGAAAAUAUCAUGCUGAAAUCCAUAAAAAUUCCGGAUGCCCUAUUGUUUCUUUUCUCGUUACUAUUCGUCUCUAUCGGGCUUAGCGUUGGAGCUAUUAUCCCUACUUACCGCUAUCACACCUGCCCAAACACCACCACUUACGCCCCUAACAGCAUCUACCAAAUUAAUCUGAGGAACCUCCUCUCCUUCCUUUCAUCCAAUGUCUCCAGCGAAUUCCAUAACACCACCUUCGGUGAAGGCUCCUCCUCCCCCGUCUACGGCAGCUUUCUCUGCCGUGGAGACGUCAACGCCACUGUAUGCCGAGACUGCGUGACUUUCGCCGUCAACGACGUCGUCAAGAGGUGCCCUGUUGAGAAAGAGACCAUGAUAUGGUACGACGAGUGCCAAUUGCGCUACUCCAACCAGUCAUUCUUCGGCACCGUAUCCUUUCGCCCUGGAGUCUAUCUUUGGAACUUAGACAACGCCACUAACCCCAACCAGUUCAACUUGCUGACCAACACGGCCACCAGGGGGGCGGCAGCUGUGGCUGCAAAAGGCAUGCCAGGUGAUAAGAAAUUCGCGACGAAAGAAGACAGAGUCGACGGGUUCCAAAGGUUGUACACCCUUGUGCAGUGUACACCGGACCUGAACGCCUCCAGUUGCAGUACAUGUCUCAAUGAGGCCAUCGGACUACUUCCCGAAUGCUGCUCUGGAAAGAUUGGGGGAAGAGUUCUGUUUCCUAGUUGUAAUUUUAGGUACGAGGUCUAUCCCUUUUACAAUCAAAUUGCAUCAACUCCGCCACCGGCAGCCGCCCCAGUGCUACCGCCGCCGCCUCCAAUUUUCACACCGAGAUCUACAGGAAAACGAAAAAUCUCAGCCCGAACAAUCGUUGCCAUUGUCGUCCCAAUUGCUGUCGCUCUACUCCUAUUCAUAUUGGGAUUCUUUUUCCUAACCAAGAGAACAAAAAAGAAAUACAUGAUGGCUAAAGGGGGUGACGAUAUUACAACCCCUGAGUCCUUGCAAUUUGACUUGGCUACAAUUGAAGCUGCCACAAACAAAUUCUCAGCUGAUUAUAAGUUAGGGGAAGGGGGAUUUGGUGAGGUUUACAAGGGUACACUUCCUAAUGGACAAGAAAUAGCUGUGAAGAGGCUAUCAAAAGAUUCUGGACAAGGUACACAAGAAUUUAAAAAUGAAGUUGUAGUAUUAGCUAAGCUUCAACACAGAAAUCUUGUGAGGUUAUUGGGAUUCUGCUUGGAAAGAGAAGAAAAAUUGCUUGUCUAUGAAUUUGUUCCCAACAAAAGCCUUGACUAUUUUCUAUUUGAUACUGAAAGACAAGGAGAGUUAACAUGGGCGAUACGUUAUAAGAUUAUAGGGGGGAUUGCUCGAGGCAUUUUAUAUCUUCAUGAGGAUUCUCAACGCAGAAUUAUACAUCGUGAUCUCAAAGCUAGUAAUAUUUUAUUAGAUGCUGAUAUGAACUCAAAGAUUUCUGACUUUGGAAUGGCAAGAAUGUUUGACGUUGAUCAAACUCGAGAAAAUACAAACAGAAUUGUUGGUACAUAUGGUUAUAUGCCUCCGGAGUAUGCAAUGCAUGGACAAUUCUCCCUCAAAUCUGAUGUGUAUAGUUUCGGUGUCUUAAUCCUAGAAAUUAUCUGUGGCAAAAAGAACAGUAAUUUCUAUCAAUCAGAUUAUGCUGAAGACCUCUUGAGCUAUGCUUGGAAACUUUGGAAGGAUGGAAAUCCUUUAAAAUUAUUGGACCCAACACUGAAAGAUUCUUAUUUAGAGAACGAAGUUGUCAGAUGCAUCAACAUUGGGUUGUUAUGCGUUCAAGAAGAUCCAGAAGACCGACCAACUAUGAAGACAUUGGCUCUUGUGUUUAAUAGUGACUCAGUUUCUCUAGCAGUACCAAAACAACCUGCUUUUUACAAUAGAUCAGACGCAGAUAUGAAAUCAAUGGGACUAAAGUUUGAUGAGUCUAGAAGCGCUGAGCAUCCAUAUUCUAUCAAUGAAGCAUCAAUAAGCGAAUUUUAUCCUCGUUGAUUAGUAUUUUGAGCAAUUAUAUAUUAAACAAAAUACAUGCAUACUUAUUUUUAAUUGUAUGAUUGAUAUUUUGAGAUUCAAGAGUUGUUAAAAUUCUUUUUAGGUUAUGUUGUUCUUGUAGGGAGUUUCCUGUCAUCCAAGCAAAAGCAAUAGCUUUCAUGGAGACUUUUGGAUUGAUCUUUUUUGCUUAAAUUACUUCUACAUUUUAUAGAGAUUUGGUGUUUGACUUUAAUCUCUGUGUUCUUUAACAAAUCAUUGUAUUGUAAUGAGUUAUUUAUUUUAGAGGAUAUAACAAGUUUAUUAUUCAAUUUUCUUGAGGCA